AUGGAGAUGCAGUCGUACUACACGAAGCUUUUGGGAGAGCUCAACGAGCAGCGCAAGAGGGACUUCUUCUGCGACUGCAGCAUCAUCGUGGAGGGGAGAAUCUUCAAAGCGCAUAAAAACAUUUUGUUCGCCAACAGCGGCUAUUUCCGAGCCCUGCUGAUUCACUACAUCCAAGACAGCGGACGCCACAGCACCGCCUCGCUGGACAUUGUCACCUCGGAGGCCUUCUCCAUCAUCCUGGAUUUCCUUUAUUCCGGGAAGCUAGAUCUCUGUGGGGAAAAUGUUAUUGAGGUGAUGUCUGCGGCUAGCUAUUUGCAGAUGACCGAUGUGGUCAACUUCUGCAAAACGUAUAUAAGGUCGUCGUUAGAUAUUUGCAGGAAAAUAGAGAGAGAAGCUGCUUUCUAUCAAGCUGAUAGUGGGAGCGCUAGUUCUGCGAGAGAGGGCACCUCGUACAGCUCAAAGAGCCAGUGCUCUGCCUCUGUCUCUUCCCUGCAGGAGAAGGAAAGGAUUUCGGAUUGCCAGAGAGAUCCUCCCUGCGGUGAAUGCAGCAGCUGCCAUCCGCUGGAGCUUGUGGUCAGAGACCCCGUAAGCAGCGACUCUCCAGACGACGUGAAUUCUUCGCUGCCCAAGGGGGUGGAACCCAAAGUGGAGUUUGACUCCGGAAAAGUGGGGGACCGCCUGCCGCAGUAUCCGACUCCGUUGUCCCUCGAGCAGAUGGAAGAGGGGCUGCACGGCGGGCAGGCGAUGGACCUGGCCUGCAAUAACUAUCAUAUGAAACAAUUCCUAGAGGCCCUGUUGCGCAACAGCUCAGCUCAGAGAAAGGAUGAUGUGGUUCAUCACUUUGUCCGGGGCUUUGAGGGUAGGCCAGAGGAUGCAGGGGUAGCCAUGAGUUCCAUGAUGGACAUUCACAGCGACUGGUAUGGUGAGGACACAGGUGAUGUGUUAGUUGUGCCAAUCAAGCUUCACAAAUGUCCGUUGGCUAAACAGAAAGGAAUACUAAAACGGCACAUUCGCUCUCACACAGGUGAGAGGCCCUACCCCUGUGAGACAUGUGGGAAACGUUUCACUCGGCAGGAACACCUUCGGAGUCAUGCUUUAAGUGUGCAUCGAUCGAACAAGCCCAUUAUCUGUAAGGGCUGCAGGAGAACAUUCACGAGCAGCCUGUCUCAAGGAUUACGGCGCUUUGGCUUGUGCGACAGCUGCACCUGCGUGACCACUACCCAUGAGGACUCGAUGCCCAUUAACCUCAGCCUCAUGGAACCUUCAUCAGAAGGCCAAGAGAAAGGUGAUGCUGAUAACGAUUGGCCCAUAUAUGUGGAGUCUGGAGAGGAAAACGAUCCAGCUGAUGAUGAUGAUGCCGAUGGUGAUGACAAGCAGGAAAUCCACAGGAGCUUAUCAGACCGAGAAACGCUUAUGUAG